CGCAGGCUGAGCCGAGCGCAGUGGCCUCCGACCACCAAGCGCCCCGCGCCGCCUCCCUGCAUGUGCGGCCAGCGGCGGCCCGCAGCCCCCGCCAGCAGCCUCGGCAGCUUCGGCCGCGCGUCCAGAGGCGGCGGCAGCGGCUCCAGUGGCGGCCGAGCGCUCCAGCCCGGGCUGGGAGACACCAUGCGCCGAGUCCUCCGGCUGCUCCUCGGCUGCUUCCUCACCGAGCUGUGCGCUCGUAUGUGCCGGGCGCAGGAGCGAGCUGGGCACGGGCAGCUGGCGCAACUGGGCGGCGUGCUGCUGCUCACAGGGGGCAACCGCUCCGGGGCCGCCUCGGGAGAGGCCGGCGAGGGCGUCGGGGGCUCGGACGCACCGCCGACUCGGGCGCCCACGCCGGACUCCUGUCGGGGUUACUUCGAUGUCAUGGGCCAGUGGGACCCGCCGUUCAACUGCAGCUCGGGCGACUUCAUCUUUUGCUGUGGGACUUGUGGCUUCCGGUUCUGCUGCACGUUUAAGAAGCGGCGACUGAACCAGAGCACCUGUACCAACUACGACACGCCGCUCUGGCUCAACACCGGCAAGCCCCCUGCGCGUAAGGAUGACCCCCUGCACGACCCCACCAAGGACAAGACCAACCUGAUCGUCUACAUCAUCUGCGGGGUGGUGGCUGUCAUGGUGCUGGUGGGCAUCUUCACCAAGCUGGGGCUGGAGAAAGCUCACCGGCCCCAAAGGGAACACAUGUCCAGAGCCCUUGCAGAUGUCAUGAGGCCACAGGGCCAUUGCAACACUGACCACAUGGAGAGAGACCUUAACAUUGUCGUCCACGUGCAGCAUUAUGAGAACAUGGACACAAGAACCCCCAUAAAUAAUCUCCAUGCUACCCAGAUGAACAAUGCAGUGCCCACUUCGCCUCUGCUCCAGCAGAUGGGACACCCCCAUUCAUACCCCAACCUGGGCCAGAUUUCUAAUCCAUAUGAGCAGCAGCCUCCAGGCAAGGAGCUCAACAAGUAUGCCUCCUUAAAGGCAGUAGGAAAUUCUGAUGGUGACUGGGCAGUGGCGACGCUUAAGUCACCAAAAGCUGACAAGGUUAACGAUGACUUCUACACCAAGCGAAGGCACCUGGCAGAGCUGGCCGCCAAGGGAAAUCUCCCUCUGCACCCUGUAAGAGUGGAAGAUGAGCCCCGGGCUUUCAGCCCGGAGCACGGGCCUGCCCAACAGAAUGGACAGAAGUCUCGCACCAACAAGAUGCCCCCUCACCCCCUGGCCUACAACUCAACUGCCAACUUUAAGACCUGGGACCCAAGUGACCAGUCUCUCCGGCGGCAGGCGUAUGGCACCAAGGGCAAGCUUGGCAUAGCAGAGUCAGGCUCCUGCGACCCCUUGGGGACUCGCACCCAGCACUUCCCACCCACACAGCCAUACUUCAUCACUAACAGCAAAACAGAAGUGACUGUCUGAGACGCUCUCCCUUCAGGGAGUACCCUGGAGACCAUACUCAACUGAGAGAGGCAAAAAAA